GCUUUUAUUUCGAAAGGGCAUCAGCAUAAAGACAGAGCCAAACUUCCGGAGAGGAUUGUGUUUUUGCACAUCGAUAAAUUAUUCACCUUCCUGGUUUGAACGCUACCUUGUCAGGUAACUUUUGUUCAUUCAGUAAAACUGUUCAAGUAAACGUCGACUUUGUAAGUUAACCGCCUUCCCUAACAUGUUUAUUUAGUGUUGCACAGUUUCCUCUCGUUGUUAGCUGGAUUUUAAAUCGCUGUCUCCUGUUUGACUGGUUCAUGUUAGCCACAGCUCAGCGUUAGCUCAGGGCUAACGUUAAUGUUAGCGAGCUCAUAAUAUGAGCGCUUUGUGACCUGUUCAAUCAGCAACAUGUCACUGCUGGUUGACUUUUUAUCCACCCCUUUUCCCUGAAUGGUACUAGGCUAUUUAGACACGAAUAAUGUUACUAGGGUCGUUUGUAUUUUGCGGUUGUUUACAUUUUGUACUCGAUGUUCCGACGCUGUCCCCAUCAACAUCCGUCUGCCUGCUUCAGCUCAGUAACUUGGUUAAAGAUUUAUGGGGGCUGUCAGCCUCAUUCAUAAAGGCUCAUGUCGAUAAUCUAUGUUAUAUCGUGUUUUAUUACCCUAGAUAUUAAUGCAGUCAAAUAUAUGUGGCUGGUGACACAGAUGUAAACAAGUUUUGCCGCAUCUGUGGUCUUUGUUCUCAAGUUGGCUAUGUAUGAUCGAUGAGAGGGAUUGGACAUGAGACCCAGACAGCUCAGCAUCCUCUCGUAUUUAGGUGGUAAUGAUCUUUUAAUUGUGCAAAGAAACCUCUCACAAUAUAGCUAUACGUUUUUAUAAUGAUCAUUGUUGGUUUAAAUGUGUGGGGGGUCUUAGUCGUGGGCUCUUAGAGUGUUUCUAUAUAUAUUUAUUGUCUUUCUUCAUCCCUGUUUGCUGCUGAAUGACAACUGAAUUUCCUCCUUGUGGUGAUUAAUAAAGUAAUUAUCUAUCUUUCUACAUCAUUAGACAUAAGGGUCAGCUAGAAAUCUCAUUAUUUAGAUUAGAUUAGAUCACAGGUGUCUCAACUCAAGGCCCGGGGGCCAAAUCUGGCCCGUGGAACAAUUAUAUCUGGCCCACAAGAUCAUAUCAUAUCUGUAUUAAUAUUGGCUCACCAGUAUGAAGUCUGCAGAUUUCCUCCAGGAUAAUAAUGUAAACUGUAGCACCAUUAUUUAAAAUAUCCUUAAUAAACCAUGAAAAUCUGGGAAAUUAAAGAGUAAGGAAGAUUUGAUAAAUAGUCAAGAAUGUGGGGGAAAAAAAUUAGUGUUUUAUUUCAUGUUUUCAGUUUUGCAUUUCAAGAUUACAAGUCAAACAUGAUUGGAUUUUUUAUUUCAUGCUUUGAUUUAGUUCAACUCAGUUUUUAGACUUGUGUCAUUUUAUACUUUAGAUUCCAAUUUUAAAUCUUAAGUCAUAUUUUGACCUUUUAUACCGGAUUUCAACGUUCUCCUCAUGUAUUUGCUCCUUAAAAGCAUAAUUUUUCUGUUUUUAAUAUCAUGCUCUGAUCUUUUGAACUACUAAAUAAAAAUAGAAUAAAAAAGUACAAUUAAAAUAGAUUUUUCUAUCUCAGAUUGCCUUUUAACUUACCUUUUUAUCUUUUUUGAAUUUCCAAGUAAUUUGUAAUCAUUGCUGGUUUUGUUUGCAAAUUUUUUUUUAAAAGGAAAUUGACAGUUUUGGUGAAAUGUCGACCCUGUUUGGCCCUCAGGUUAGAGCUAAAUCCAGAUCAUGGCCCUUGCUGUGGUUAAGUUUGAUACCUGGAUUAGAUUUUCCUUUAUUCAUCCCUCAGUGGGGAAAUUAAGUCAUUAACAGCAGCAGUACACACAACAUAUGCGUUCAUAACAGGUACAAAAAAAACCAAAUAAAUAAGAUAAAGAACUACGGUAAAAACAAACAAAGAAAGAGCAGUGCAAUUGAAGAACAGUAUUAAAGAUAAGUAUGAGGGGAGCUAAAGUUACUUAGCACAGAUGAAAGUUAAAACAAAGACAUUUAGCAAACUGUAAAAGCACACAAACCAUCGUCAUAUGAGAAAUCCGAUGCUAUGACUCUCCACAAGUUGUCUUUCAGGUCAUUAUCUUUGUAAUGUUUGGGUGGCUAAUGGCUAAUGGCUAAUGGCUAAUGUUUAUGGGUUUGAUUUUUGAAUUGUGAUCCAAGAAUGAAGAUUCCCCCAUAGUUGUGAAUCAUUUUGUAUUCAUGAUAUGAUCUAUGUCUCCUAAAUAGCAUUUAGUGUUCCAGUCCUUUUUUUUUUUUACAAAGCCAUCAGAUUAGGCAAAACACUUGCAAUGAACACAUGACCAUUACUUGUUCUACAUUUUAGUUACUAUGACAAUCACAUUGAUCAUGUUUAUUUUUUCUUGCCAUUGUGUUUUGCCAUGAUUACAUCUUCUUGUAAAUAUGUUCUUAGCUCAGAAAAGACUGUUGAGAUUUUUAGGAGGCUGGAGUUGAUUUCUUGAGUAUUCUGGUUGAUUUUUUUUUGUGGUUCUGGUUCCUCAGGAGGAAACUAAAGUGUACCACUUGAAGCCGAAAACAGGGACUGUGAGUGGGUCAUCAGGCAGUCUCCCUAUGUCAGGCCGAAACGGGUCUGCAAGUGAUGCAGACUGCCGGAUCUCUGAGGACUGCCGUGUCCCAGAUGUUGAGCUGAUGGAGCUGGGGCCACUACUGGAAGAAGGAGGGGGUCGACCGGCAGCGUCCAAAGGGUUGCAUCCAGAGGUAAGACUAUUUUUGAAAAUUCCCAGAGACCAGUUUUAAUGACAAGGGAGCUUCAUUGUUUUUAUUUUUUUCAUGUGAUGUCUUUGCAGGGAGCAGCAAUGCUUGCUGAUGAGGAAGAGGAAGAUGAGGAAGUGGGAGAGGUCUUGACCCUACCACUUCAGGCUCACCAUGCCAUGGAGAAGAUGGAGGAGUUUGUACACAAAGUAAAAAAACUCCUCAUGACUUUGAAGAAACAUAAUAUGCAGUUGGCUCAGAUAUUCCUUUAACAUGUUCAGUCUGGUGGUUAUUGAUUCAUUGAUAUAGAAACAAAGCAAAUAUCGUAAUUUCAAGAUAGAUCUGUUUUUCAUCUGUAUGGCACAUUUGUGUCAUGCUGUCUAUCCAAGUGCAACUUAAAACACCAGGUAAAUAAUGACAAGCAGCCAGGGAAAAGCCUGAUAAUUCAUUCUUUUUUGUUAAGCAAAUGUAGUCGUGACAAAAAGGACAACGGUAUAUCAAAAAGUGACACUUCGAUUAUGUAACCCUUAAACGUGACUUUGAUUAAAAACCGCUUUUUUCAGAGUUGAUUUGAAGCUUCUGUUAGCAAACAGAUGCGGGUUGUUCAGUCUCAAUCUGCCUCCCUGGGCUCAAUAGCAUCUUCAGUGUGACCUUGUGAACUCAGGUUUCUACAGUAUUAACAAGUAGUCGUAUGGUCAAGUUCUUUAAAGAAAAAAAAGAGGUCUAAAGUCCUCUCUUUCUCACAAAGUAAAUUCUGGUUGUUACAUCUCAGUUGAUAAACAUUUAGUGGUGACAUGAUUAGAAAACAGACCUCUGUGUAACCCUAGCAUAAAUAUUGCAUCAGCCAGGUUAACUGAGCUGAAACUCUACACCCCAUUCAUCUCAGAGGUGAAACCAACCUUACUGUGAAAGAGUUCACAAGUUGAGCUGAGAGGUUAUUGGACAUAUAACAGAAGCUGUUUCACAAACCUAAAGUAGGUUAACAUUUAAAUGCUGUGAAGGUUGAUUAAUUUGUUUUUAACUUUUUGUCAGACGGGGUACAUUGAUAUGAUUUUAGGCACAUAGAAGGUACCAUGAGAGAGAAAUAUGAGCUUUCAACAAACGUAAAGAAGCAUAAAAACACAUCUUGUGAGUAUAAAAUAAAGAACCCUGUGCAAAAACCUGGUGCAUUACUGUUACAAUCAAAUGCUGUGCUGGUUUUACCCGGUUUUCACUUCUUGAUUCACACACAUACUCACCUAUUCACUCAGGUAUCAAAUUAUCAGGUGUUGGUUUGUGCUGCUCAGAGUAAAGCACAUUGAAUUCUGCAUGAUAUGGUUAAAAGUCUGAACUGUCAGUGUACAUUUUGGGUUUGUCUGUUGAAAAUCGUCACCAUACCUGCACUAACCUCGGGGUUUUGGGCUGAGAGCAACUGACGGUUAAAGGUUUGACUGUGUGUCUUUGUGAGUCAAAGCUAUUCUUGUGUUUCAGGUUUGGGAGGGACGCUGGAGGGUCAUCCCUUUUCAUGUCCUGCCAGAGUGGCUGAAGGACAACGAUUACCUCCUGCAUGGACAUCGCCCUCCCAUGCCUUCAUUCAGAGCCUGCUUUGGGAGCAUCUUCAGAAUUCACACUGAGACAGGAAACAUCUGGACUCACCUGCUAGGUGAGAGUGAAAAUCCUUGCAUGUUUUAAAUUUUGGAGAGUGAAGUUUCAUUAGCAGAGUCUACUCUAGACGGAUGCUGUUCCUUCCCUUGUCUGCUUGAAAAACUGGUCUGUUUUAUCCCUCAGGGCUGAUCUUGUUCCUCUGUCUGGGCACGUUAACCAUGCUGAGGCCCAACAUGUACUUUAUGGCCCCGCUGCAGGAGAAAGUGGUGUUUGGGAUGUUCUUCCUGGGAGCUGUGCUUUGUCUCAGCUUCUCCUGGCUUUUUCAUACAGUCUACUGCCACUCAGAGAAAGUGUCUCGCACCUUCUCCAAGUAAGCUGUCUGACGUUAUUUCUUACCUUUUGUUUUCAAGUCUCUGCUGUUCAGUACUGACUGCUCUAGGAGUAGGCAGUUUCAUUUCCAUCCCUUACUGGAUAUUCAGCUGCAGCUUGCCAUCUGGAAUUCAGUGCUAUUAAAGAGGAAUACACCCAGAAUUAGCUUUAUUGGCCAAAUAAGGAACAAGGAAUUUAGCCCUGGUAAACUUUGCCCCUCUAUGUGCAAACAUUAAACAUUAAAUGUUCCAAAAAAAAUACAAAAAUUACAAAAUGACUCAAAACCAACUGACCUAUAAUUCAGACAGGACUAAUAGGAUGUCACAGUGCCUUGCAUGAGUUGAUAAAUAUUGUGUUUUAAAAGUAUUAACAUUAACAAUAGAUAUUAAAUAAGUUAUGAAAGUCACAGUGGUCUUUCUGUGGCUGUGUGAGUGUUCGUCAUCACUCAAAACCAAAUGACAUAUAAUUCAGACAGGACUAAUAGGAUGUCACAGUGCCUUGCAUGAGUUGAUCAUUAUUGCAAAUAAAAUUAUUAUUAUUGCAGUUCAUUGUGGUUCAUUCAGCAUUCACCCUUUGUCUGGUAAUGUUUAGAGUCAGACUUGUUGAUUUCCUCAUCAUAAAUCAUGGGUUCAGGGGUCAUUACCCUCUGCAGGGUUUGAGGUUUGACCCUCAAUCUCCUAUGUCAAAUAUCUUCAAGGAAGAAACUGACCUCAGACCUCCUUCCAUCAAGCCUGAAAGGGCUUCAAAAUGGCAACUUUUGCAUAUUUGUGCAAGUAAUGCUAAACAUGAGCUUUGCUUCCAUCUAAUUAACAUGCUUCAUCUGUCCUUUAUCUCAUUUUACAAAAAUAACAUUGAAUGAGGAAAAAGGACAAAAUCUGAGUUAUAGAAUUAUUUAUUAUCUUGCACAAUCAGAAGUGAGACCGCAGUAGUAGCAGCAAUCAUAGAAGCACAAUUAGUGGCACUGACUUAGCAAAGAAGUGAACACAUUUCUUGGUUAUGUCUUGUCUUGUAAAUAUUUUACAUAUUGUGAAAUAAAUAGAUUGUUUGUUGUAAAGGACAAACAAAAACCCAUUGUGAUACUCAGUUAUAUUUUCAUUUUCUUACAACCUUUAUCAACCGUCAGCAUUACAAAGGGAUAACUAGGACAACUUAUGACCAUUGAACAACUGUUGAAAAAGAAAAUCUUCGGGUAUGGAGGAACAUGACAAGUUCUGUUUUUUCAUCCAGCUGUUGUUUCGAUGUUGCUUCCUCUUUUUUCAGGCUCGACUACUCGGGCAUCGCCCUCCUGAUCAUGGGCUCCUUUGUGCCCUGGCUGUACUACUCCUUCUACUGCUCCCCUCAGCCUCGACUUAUCUACCUCACCAUUGUUUGUGUCCUCGGUAUUGCUGCCAUCAUAGUGGCCCAAUGGGACCGGUUCUCUACACCUCGUCACAGACCUACAAGAGCAGGUGCCUUUAAAAUUGUGUCUUCACCAAAGUUUUAUGCAUCUGUAUACAUUUGGUUGUAGCUGCAGACUAAUCACAUAUUUGUUGUGCUUCUUUUUUUAUGACCACCAUGUUAAAAUGCAGUCUUUGUCUCCCAUAGGUGUGUUUAUGGGUCUUGGUCUAAGCGGCAUUGUUCCCACAAUGCAUUUCACCAUUGAGGAGGGCUUUGUUAAGGCCACCACAGUCGGGCAGAUGGGUUGGUUCUACUUGAUGGGGGCCAUGUAUAUCACUGGUGCUGGUCUGUAUGCAGCUAGGAUUCCUGAGCGCUAUUUUCCUGGGAAGUGUGAUAUCUGGGUAAGUUAUAGACGGGUAUGUGUUCACUAGACAUAACACAGCUAAGAGAAUCAAGAGGGGUAACAAUGUAUGUUUUUGAAGCACGGCUGCCUUAACUAAGUGACACUUUUCAAACACAGAGGCAACUUAAAGUGAUUUACAUAAGCUACAAAAAAGAUGAGGGCUAAAAUACACAAACUAACAGAACAGAUCUGUGUGUUUGAACAGGUAAGGUGAUAACAGUACAGAAAAUUUAAACAAAGUAAAAAACUUCAAUAAUUUCUGUCAGUUCUUUAAGAAAGUCAAAAUGUAGUUUAUGUUGGAGUUGCUACGUGUAAACAAAAAUGCUUUUUAAAUUGGUUUAAUUGAUUUAAAUUUAUGCCUUACAGCUCAUAAAAAUGUCAAAUUACAAAUCAAAAUAUGACAGUCUUUCAUUUUUUAUAACUAUUCAGACAGUAUAAAUACCGAGUAUCUCCCAGUCUAGUUUAAAACAUGCAACUGCAAUCACCAGGAAGACUGCUGACUUUGACAGCUAUUGAGAAGAGGAUCAUUAAUACUCUUUACAAGGAGAGUAAACCACAGACGGUCUUGACCUGAAAAGGCUGGCUGCUUAUAGAGUGUGGUAGUCAAAGGUACGUGAGCAACAGGAGCCACGUGCAUUGUGAGAUAGGAAUUACAAGUUUUAGUGGGAGACAGGUUUUUCCUGCUUGCACAUAAACUACAACUCACUACUUUGUUUUUGUCCUUUUCCUAAAGGAAGUAAAAUGGUGGUUAUUUCUCAAACAGAGAGCGCACACUGAGAAAAACAUCAGCUCUUGUAUGUGUGUUUACUGCUCCUUACCCUGGGCUAAGUAGGAAAAGAUUUUUUUUCAGAUGAUAGUAAAUUUUGAAUUUGACUUGGAAAUCAAGAUCUUCCAGUCUGGGGAAAGAGUGUAGGGGCACAGUAUCGAAGUUGUUCAUACCUCUGUGGGAAGUCUCAGGGCUUGAUGAUUUGGGGGUUGAUUCAUUUUUUUUCCCAAGUCAUAAGUCAACCUCGCUGUAUUCCAGGAAAUUUUAUUGCACUGCUGUUGAUCAGCUUUAUGGAGAUGCUGAUUUCCUUUUACAGCAAAACUUCUAACAAAUCUUUUGCUAUCCAUGUUAUUUCUGUGCUUGCCAGCCAACUCAUCCGACCUGAAUCCUAUUGAGAAUCUAUGAGAUAUUGUCAAGAGGGAGAUGAGAAACACCUGCCCCAAAAUUAGAGACAAGCUGAAGGCCGCUGUGAAAAUAACCUGGGCUGCAGUAAUACCUCACCAGUGUUGCAGGUUCAGCAGCUCCAUGCCAGGUUGAUUCACGCUUCUAAACUGUACUACAGGAGCCCCAGCCAAGUAUUGAGUUAAUAAAUUCUCGGCGUUCACCUGAGUGCAAUAAGAGAACUGAACUCUACCAUACAAGACCUGACACUAGGCCCAUUAAAUAGUGCAAUGACAGUAGUAUCCAACUGUCUAGUGCUGCUAAAUCUUUCAAUGAUAUUAACUGUUGUUAAUAUGUGUUUCGUCUUUGUCCUUUUGUCUAAUUUACCACGAACUAUUAUUAUGAGCACUUUUAAAUUAUUUAAAACCUUAAGAAAUUUUAAUUUCAUUAUACACUUUGUGCAAUGACAAUACGGGAAUACUCUAAUAUUUAGGUUACUAGAUUCCAGAUUUUCAUGAACCAAUGUCAUGUAACUGCAACAAAAAAAGACUUGAAAUAUUAAAUGUUAAGAGUCAUUAUUACAAAUGUAUAAAUUAAGUUUACCUUUGCGUAUUAUUAACUUAUGAAAAAAAGAAAAUUUUCCAUCAGAUUCUAAUUUUCCGGUGCACCUGUAUAAAUACUAGCGCUGUGAUAAACUUUACACCAAAACCUCUUUAUUAGUUUUCUUUUCUCACCUUUAAAUUCAGAGUUGCUUUUGAAAUAAAGUUAGAAGUUUUUGACGCAGCUUCAGGUAGGUGAUUAAUGUUUCAGCAUGGGAAAAUGAUUACCAGUAAAAUCUUCAUGAAUGGAAAAUGGAUGAAUCUGGACAAUAAUCGAAGCUUUCUGUCCUUCCAGUUCCACUCUCAUCAGAUUUUUCAUGUGCUGGUCGUGGCAGCAGCUUUCAUCCACUUCUACGGCGUUUCCAAUCUGCAGGAGUUCCGCUACGGCCUUGAAGGGGGAUGCACAGAUGACUCUCUGCUUUGAGAGGCCUGACUGUGACUUACUCAUACUUUUCAUUACACUCCCACACACACACACACACACACACACACACACACACACACUCACACACACACUUGAAAUGCUGCUGGAAUUCAAUAUAGUCACUUAUUGCUCCUUCUGUACUUCUGAUUUGCUAAUUUGGUGGACUUUCUGUUUGGCUCAUUUUUGCUCCAAUGAAGUAGCAUUGACUAGCCAUUGAAUUGCAGAGGGAAUCUUCAACCGACACUACUUCUUAAAUAACUCAGAAACCUGAACUCUGCAUUUUUCUGCAAGAUCAAAAAAGAGGUUUGAACCAAAAUCAUAAAUUCUGUUACUGAUGGCCAUGUAUGAGCAGCUCAUUUAGUACCCCAACCUUUCCAGUGUGUGUUUCCUUUUCCCAGAGGGUACAGUGAGUUUGACUUGUGCUAUAGCAGUGGGCCAACACUGUCGACCCCCACCCCACCCCAGUUUCCUUGCAGGUUAGAGGAUGAACGUGCUGUUGACCAAGAGUGAGGUGCAGAGCUACCCAGGACCAUAUAGAUGCUUGAAGGCCUAUACAUGUAUUUGUAUAAGACAGACGUGUGUACAUGUUACGAGUGUAUAAAUUAUUGUGCUGCUGUCUUUUUAAAUCUAGGGAGUCACCAGGAAACCCACCCACACCAACUAUGUGGUAAAAUAAGAAAUGUACUCUGAAGGCCCAGAGAUUACCCCAAAAUUUUACAGAAAAAAAUCGAUUUUCAUGAAACUACACAUUGACUAAAUCUGAUUCAUAGGUGUGUUUGGAGUGACACAGCAUGUAUUGCUUAUCAGAAUCUGACUGUAAACAACCAAUUGGAUGCUGUUUGGUUGCUGUUUAAUACGUUACUUCAAUUGACAGAAGUUCCAAACCAUCAAUUUCCUAAUUACAGGCUGGCAAAGAAAAACAGCAACUAUCCAGGUGAUACUAAGAUGCUUAAAAUGUUGAAGAGAACUUUACUGCCUAGUUUCAGUCAGACGGCGCGUUAAUUUUUCAUGUGAUAGUCCCUGGGCUACGCACAAUGUACAGAUCUGCAUAAGUCAAGUUGUGCUUUCCUCACCUAGAGAUCUUUUCUUUUGUGCUAGAUUUCCGAUGCAAUGAGAGGUGUAAAUAUCAAAUGCACCUUAGUGUAUAUUAUAAAAUUCCAAACUUUAAAUCACCACAUGGAGUUUAAAAGGUGUUGUGUAUGAUUGGUAUAAACUUUUAGUAUUCCUGUGCCUUAGGCCAAUGGAAAUGUUUUUAAAUACAACGGCCUAUCUUAACAGUCAAGGGAGCUUCAAGGAUUCCCAGAAGUUGACUUUUCUUGUUUUCCUUGCCAUAUAUACAAUCAAAUCAUUAUUGAACUGACAACUCCAUUGAUAGGUUGUAUCAACUGCUGUUUAAGACUCCUUUUUCUAGACCAACUUAUUCAAGCUUUAUUACAAAGACUAAACGAUGUGUAUCCUUGACUUUGUGUAAUGUCCUGUGUAGAAAGUGAUAAAUCAUGCAUUUCACUGAAAUGUAAACAUAAAUAUUUAUUAAUGGUAAUCUUGGAAAAUUAUUGUAAUAAAUUUUUUUCCACAUGUACAGACA